AUGUCCUGCGUCAACGAUGAAAACUUCGUGGCCGUCGCGCUCGUCAUCAACCGCUCUCGCGACGGGCCCGCCUUCGUCUUCCACUAUCCCUCCCAUGUUUCGGCGCUCUCCAAUCUCGCCGACAAGGCCAAGGACGUGGACGCCGAGGACGUGCUUUUUGAGCGCCUGUCACAGUCUUCUGGCGCUGAGCCCGCGCCGGAGCCCUCCGAGAACCGUGGCGCUAUUCGUGAUGAUCACUACGUGACCGAAUCGGGAUCGCAAGUCGUGCCAUGGGAACAUGUAGCCGGCUUUCCAGCCCGUGAUCUUGCCGGCAUCUUGACUCCUGCUCGGUCCUAUCACAAGAAGCUUUUCCAGCUCUCUCUCGACCCGCUGCUCUGCGUCUCUUACCCCAUCCAUGUACCUGAGAAUGGCAAGUGGAAGAAGCCCAAAAAGGCCAGCAAGGCAAAGGCUGCCAAGGACCUUGAUGAGGGCAUCGCACCAGACGAGCCCAACCCUCCCGUGCGUGUGACCAAGGCCGAGCCAAGCAAAGAAAAGGCUAAAGAGGGCAAGAAGGAUGAGACGGAAGAAGAGAAGCGAAGCUCCAUGACCAUGUUCAACUUGGUCUUCUUCCUGAAUCCCAAGAAGCAUGAAACCAGGGAGCUCGUGGACUCUUUGUAUUCCAACAUUGUGAAAAAGGUCAACAAAGCGUACCAGUACAGCCAACAGCACAGCGAGUUUGUAUGGAAGGAGUCUAAACGCAUCCUCGCCGCAAAAGACAGAGCUCGUGAAGAAAAAAAGAAGAUGAGUGCUCUAUGGAAAGAAUUAACCCAAAACUCCUCAUUGGCAGCGUCCAUGCGUGAAAUCUACGACGCCGUCUCUCAGAACAGGAUUGCCACUUUGCAUCUGGAUACUGUCGAUGGCAUCCUGACACCGUCUGUUCAGAUCCCCGUCCCCCUAUUCGUUGCGGAUCUACCUCCGGAAGACGACGAGCGGCAUCGCGGGCUUUGGCUCACCACGGCGAAUGCCUUCCUAAGCCAGGAUGCCCUCGAAGAGCCGGGGUUCUUGGAUCGCAACUUUGCUCUCCUGCUCACAGACGAUGAAAAGAAGAUUGUCGCUGAGCUGGGGAAUGAUCGGGAUCCCACCGCUUCGUCCAUGGCUGAGUUUGCGCGGCUCUCCAAGCCGACAAUGUCCUUCUAUCAAGUGGGCCAAAGCAACACCCUGACUCUGGAUCAAGUCCGCAAGUACGCCCAGCACUUCAUCUUUUGGCGCCGUGCCAUGGCCAUCCCGCCACUUCAUCCUCGUGACAUCUACAUGGUCUCUCCAAACUGCGACCUUGAGAGGCUAUCUCAAGAUGCCCAAGACUGGCAGACGGCCUUUCCUCUGGCUCCGCCUCUGCCGACAUUCCUAGCUGAGCUCUCCGUCAUGCCUCGGCCUUAUAAAUUCAUCACUCCCAGCAAGGCUCACCGACCGCUCUAUCUCCGCAUGCUUGCUUGGUUGAUGCGAGGCGGCUGGGUGACCCAGCUCUGCACGUUUGCCUACGUCGUUGUAUGGCCGGAAAUAUUGUACGAGGUUGACUACGAGAUCGAAGCAGAGGAACUCGGCGUUGCCACCUCCUCAGUCGACGGAACCGACACCACUAGCAUCCACACCGCCCAAAGCACUCUGGAUGGGCAAUCCACACACUCAUCACUCACAUCGCCGCCGCCACAACUACCUUCACAGCAGCAACCACAGCAAUCACAGACCCAGGCACAGGCACAGCCAAACAUGCCCAACCCAUCCACCACAUCCGCAGCCGAACACUCCGCCGAAAUGGCCCGCCUCGAGCGCAUCGCCAUGAAGGCCCACCGCGAACUCGCCGACAAAGCCACCGCCCACGCCCGCAAAGUCGCCCCCGUCGCAACCACUAACCCGUCCCUCAACGAAGCGCCUCAUCUCGCCGGCCUCACGCCGCACAUCAUCGUCGACCCCAAAAAGGCCACGGGUAAAGAGUCGCGGUACCUCUCUGCCAUUGCGCGGCGCUUCAAAGACGAGGAGCACCGCUCGGCGUGGCAGCUCAUGUGUAAAUACUUUGAUGGGCGGUGUGCGUUGGAGAGAAUCGCUCUGCAGGAGGACAUGAAGCGGAAGAAGACGUGGACGCUGGUGACGAUUUUAAGACCUUAA